CACCGGGGAAGUAGCAGCUACGAGAAAUACGUUUUUAUCGUCUACUGUAAAAUUAGCAAAAUAAGUACAGAGUUUUGCAUUUAGCGGGCUCAUAUAUGGAAAUACCACAAUGGACCACGAUGUUUUGCCCUGACUAGCGCUAUCCUUCUCGUUUCUCAUUCUAGCCGCAAUAAAUUCGCGUUACGCCUGUUCCAUCAGUGUUGACAGUUCAUUGCACCGCACACCGAAGUGAGAAGCUAGUUGCAUAAUUUCAUAUUGUAUGUAUAUGUUUUGUUGUUUUGUGAUAAUUGUCUUUGCCAUUAUUUACAUAAACAUCUUAACCUAUACAUUUAGUUUCUAUUUUCAAUUUUAUUAUGUGCAUUUUCUUCUUGCAGUACAGAUAUUACAAUAUAUAACAGUAAUGUUCGUCUUACAUAGUGCCAUAAAAUGUUGGGGCUAUCGCACCCACGCUCCUAAUUUUAUUAGGUGCCCUCUUGCAUAUAAACUCCGUUCUUUGCCUUGCAAUAAAAGAAGCUGGUCUACCAAUGUUAAAUCCAUAGAAAGGCUCAAAGUAUCCAACUUGAAUGACCUAGUGAACUUCAUCAGUACUGAAAGGCAUUUCUAUUUGAAGCUACUUACAAAUAUUUUUAAUACUGUUGAUUUCAAAAAUAUAUCUCAAGAAGAAGCUAUCUUACUGUUUAACUGUUGUGGAAACUCUGUGGUUGAUUCAUCCAUGGAGGCCAGAGAUAAGGUUUGUCAAGAGAUCUAUAAAAACUUGCUAAAGCAUGAUAAACUGGAUUUGAAAGUAUAUCACAAGUAUAUCCAAAUAUGCACGGAAAAUGGUACCUCAUUAAAUGUAAAGGAGUUGCUGGAAGUCAUUAGAUGUACACCAGAUAAGGAGACAAUCAAACUACUAAUCGAAAAUGUUUGUGAAAUGGGUGACACAUCUCAAGCUUUAGCACUUUUAGAAGUGAUGAAAGAAAACUCAUUAGCAGUUGAUGAGAAUACAUUUUGCUUUCUUACACUUGCUCAUACUAUAAAUAGUGGUCUAAGUGGUGCAGAGACUGUUUUAAAAACAAUGAGAGCUGCUGAUAUACCUGAAACAGAAAAAACAAAACUGGCUAUUCUGAGAGGUGUGUCUAAGAGAAAUAAUUAUAAUGAAUUUGUAGCUGCUUUGGACAAGUACUAUGUCAAGCUGAAUGAAUAUGAGCUGUUGGAUAUUCUAAAACAUUUGGCUAUUAAUGGAAACUUAGCAUGGAUGAAAAAGCUGGAACCAGUACAUUCUCAUAUACCUAUUACAAAGGAAUUUGUUAAAUUGAUCAAAGCAUUAUGUAUCCAUUUAGUAAAUCUGGAUAAGCCGGAAGAGUCCUUUAAAAUCUAUGAAUAUUUUGUAAAGCCACAAAUUGAAGAAAACUAUGGAUAUUUCCUUUUGAGAGAGAUGAUAUAUUGUAAAGUUGAUACAAAUAGAAUACUCAUUAUUGCAAAGUACCUGAGAGAUAAUAAGUUGAAUGAAUAUUGUAUUUCACAUUUGACUGAAGUAGCACUGAGGCAUAACUAUGUGGAAGUGUGUUGGGAAUUGCUUCAAAGCUUACCAGAAAUUCGACCGCAUUUCGUUUGGCCGCUGCUGGUAAAUGCUCAUAAUACUGCUGGAGAGAAAGGUGUAGCUGAUACAAUCAAGAAAAUUAAUUCUUUAAAUGUGAAGUUGGAUUUUGAAACACUGGAAAAUUAUAUCAUACCAUUUUUCAAUCUAACAAAUCCAACACUAGCUAUCGAGAGGCUGAAAGGCUUUGGUUUUACUGUUAAACAAGUUGUGAAUGCCAUGAUUCUACUUUUGAUGAGGAAUAAAAAGUUAAAAGAAGCUGUAACUUUAUCCAAUACAUUCAAAGUUGCACUAUUAGAAGAAACACUAAUUGACAUUUUACCUAAAACAUGGAAAAAUACUAGAGACGCACAAAAUACAAUUCUUAUCCUUCAAAAAUGUUGUGAAUCUAGCAAAAAAGGAACUGAACUAGUUGCAGAGUUUCUUAUAAAGUGCCUAGAAUUGUGUUAUACUAUUAAUGAUUAUAGGAGUUAUUUGGAUUUAUUGAAGAUCGUAGGUUCUAACAGACUUAGAAUAAGCCCAGCAGCUGCAGAAAUGUUACAAGAAAUUCUGUCACAUUGCAAUGAUAAUGAUCUACUACUCAAAAUUAGGGAAUCUAUUAAUGACUUGAUGGAUAUCAAUCUGAAGUCCGAUCAGCAUACACCCUAUAUUCCUCAUCCUAGGGACAUGAAUUUAGAAGAACUUGAAUGCCACUUAGUGGAACUGAAAGAGAAAGGUUUAGAAACUAGAGGUGUGAUCAGUAAACUAAUCCAAAGGCAUUCUAAUAAUGGUAACACAGAAAGAGUUAAAGAAUUACAACAAGAAUUUGAAGCAUCUGGAUAUAAGAAGUCAUUGGGAACAAAGUCAGUUUUGAUGCAUAACUAUGUCAAGACAAGAAAUCUUGACAAAUCUAUGCAAAUUUUACAGCAGAUCAAGGAGUCUGAUACUCAAUUCAGAAUAGAUGAUUUCAAAGUUAUUGAUCUGGCGACACUGCUUGUUCAAAAUGGGAAAUUUGAUGAAGCUUUGAAUAUUCUGAGGACUGAAAUAAAGAAACCCUCAAGGAAGGCAACAGACAGAAAUAUUUUGGAAUUAUUACAAUCACUUACUGAUCCAAACCAACAAAUGCAGAUAUUUGAAUGUAUUAUGGACGUAGGAUAUGUUCCUAAUAAUGUAAUUUUGGGUCCUUUGGUCAGGAUUCAUCUAACAAAGGGCGAUAUAAAGAGUGCCGCAAAAACAUACAUUUCACUAGCUGAAAAGUACAAAUGCACGCCAUUACAAUUUGAGUUGAUCAAAGAACUAGUGAGGAAUAAGGAUGAAGAAUUACUCCAACAGAUUUUAUCUUGCACACAAAGGAUUCAUGGCCUUGCUUCAACUCAGGCUAACUUGAUAGCAGCGCUUGUCGAGGAAAAUGAGAAAAAAGCUUUGGAAAAAGUAUUGAUUAAUAAUAAAUUGAACUUGAAUGAACGACUGCGGAACAGGUGCGAUCGAUGGGUGAAAGAGAAAAAAAUUUAUGCUUUGACAUUACUAGCGAGUUAUUGCGAGAAAUUCCCAGAAAUUAACGACGUUUCUUCUGUAUACAAAUGCAUCAUGAGGAUCCAUGUUACCAAUAACGACUGUCAAUCGGCGCUGAAUUUCUAUAACUGUUUAUUAAAUGAAGAAAAACAUAUUUGUAGUGAGUUGGAGAACAUGUUGACUGAAUUGUUUAGACAAAAUCAUUACAAGGUUCCUGAUAGUAUGAGAAUAAAGAAUAGUUAAUAGAAAUUUUCCUUUUUAAAAUGCUCCGUACACCUUUCACUCACUACAAGUCUUUGUAUUGUAUAUCGUCGGCUUACUGCCAAAACAAGGCGAAAGUGGGGAAAAUUUAAAUUUACCAGAAACAGACCGCGCUGAAGUGGGAGAAAAUCAUCCAAAUGAAGUAGCGGGCCCAUCUGGUGAAAAACUGAUAGAAACGAUUUGUCGUCGACUCUGAAUUCAGAACAAGAACAGAUUCUUGCGGAAUUGGACGAUAUGUUUGGAGAUUCCGACUGUUCCAUAAAGGAUAAGUACUAUGUUUCGGAAUCUUUAGCUUCAGAGUACGACUCAGACGAGGACGAUCCACCAAUGAAUAACAAUGAUAUUGACAUGACAUCUGCUGUUACAAGAACAAGUCGAUGGAAAAAGUCUAAUCCCAAUCAGUGGAGAAAAAUCUAUUUAAACGUCAAAGAAUUGGGGAAAGGCUCCUAAACCCGUCGAUUGUACAAAAUGCCGGUUUAAGUGUUCGGAUAAUAUGACCACUGAACAACGUUUUGAAGUUUGCAAAAACAGUUCACGAAUUCGCUCCUCCUAACUCAGCAUUUUGCUAUGCGUGGACAGAGAUAAAUGGAAAGAGAGGCAGUUCAGAAAUUGGCACCUGCUUAUACAAUUACAUAAAUCUGCUAUCUUCUGAUAUCACCGAACUAUCGUAGUUUUCCGAAACAUGCAGUGGUCAAAAUCGCAACCAAAAUAUUAGCGCUCUUUUGCUGUACGUGGUCCAAAUUAAUUCAAACAUACAAGUACAUAAUAGAGCAAAAGUUUUUAGAAACCGGCGGACACAGCUACAUGGAAGUCGACAGUAUGCACAGUGCGAUUGAAAAGGCGCAGAAGUUCGUUCCUGUUUAUACAAUUCAAGACUGGUUGACAAUUCCUGAAGAAUAUCAUUCUUACUAUAAAUCGCUACAGACCUCCAAAGAAGCAAAGUAUCUUGUCCCAGGACCAACAGCGGAGGAUUCUGAUCCCGAAGAAGAACCGGAGUCGGAAGAGUUAAAUGGCUAACAUAUAAGAACCUAUACAUCUAAAAGAAGAUAAGUGCAAGAAAAAUUGCGUUUUUUGUUAAUAAGUAGUAAUUUUUUCAAAUAUGAUUAUUUUUUUGCUGUUCUGUUCAUAAUUUCAUUAAAAUUUAGUUUGUGAAAAAAAAUUAGUCUUUAAUUCUAUUGUGUGAAUUUUAAUCUGAAACCC